ACUUUAGCUUCGCAGAACACUCACAAGCCCUUCGGAAGCGCACAGAGAACCUCCAAUUCCGCUACGUUGCCGGAACCCCAAACUCUGGUGAAUGCUUGUGUGUCGUGUUUUCUUUCAAUAGCAGCCUCUCCAUAUCAGAUUAAAGUUCCGAUCUCAAUUUGAAUCCUAGUUCGCAUAAACACGCUGUCUCUCGUAAUUUUGAUUCCUCUAGUAUAUAAGGAAAAUCUGGGUAAGAUUGGGGGUGUCAUGAUGGGGUUUUGCAUCUGUCCGUUGGAGACUCCGGCUAGGUUACUGUGGAGUACCAGUUUCUUCCGUCACAAGCUCAUGAUCUUCUAAUUUAUUGUUCUCUGUACUUAAUUCUCUAGUACAAAUAUACACUUCCUCUUCUAUAAAUUCCUUCUCGUGUCCUCGCCGGAGAGAUCUGGACACAGAUACAUACAUACUCGUGCAAAUUCAGGUACCGAGUGGACUAAAAGGUCGCACAGAUGGAGUCAGCCGGACGGUUUUUCUUCGAUCCCUCAGCUUGCCACGGCAACAUGUUGUUCCUAGGGAACAGUGAUCCCGUUUUCCGAGGGCCGAGUUCAAUGAUUAACAUAGAGGAAACCAGGAAGAGGAGGCCCUUUUUCAGCUCGCCGGAGGACUUUUUCGAAGAGGAAUACUACGACGAGCAGUCACCGGAGAAGAAACGACGCCUAACACCUGAGCAGGUGCAUCUUCUGGAGAAGAGUUUCGAGUCCGAGAACAAACUGGAGCCCGAGCGAAAGACCCAGUUGGCUAAGAGGCUGGGAUUGCAGCCCAGACAGGUGGCUGUGUGGUUCCAGAAUCGUCGGGCUCGGUGGAAGACUAAGCAGCUUGAGAGGGACUAUGAUCUCCUCAAGUCUUCUUACGAUGCCCUUCAGUCUAACUACGACUCUCUUGUCAAGGAAAAGGAAAAGCUCAAGUCUGAGGUGGCCUCUUUGACUGAGAAACUUCAUGUCAAAGAAGCAACCAUAACAUCAUCGCUAGGUCAGGAGUCUGAUCCACUUCCGGCAGGUAUAGCUAAUGAUGCUUCUGCCCUCCCAGUCAGCAUGAAGGUUGAGGACCGCCUAAGCUCCGGCAGUAACGGAAGUUCGGUGGUGGAUGAGGAAGGCCCCCACCUUCUGGAUAGUGGGGAUUCAUACUUCCCCAGUGACAACUACCCUGGAUGUGUGGCUCCUCUUGAUGAGGUCAUCCGCUCAGAGGAAGAUGAUGGGAGCGAUGAUGGGCGGAGCUACUUCUCUGAUGUUUUCGCUGCAGCGGCAGAGCCUCAACAACUUGAGGGGGGAGAACCUUUAGGCUGGUGGGUGUGGCCUUAAGCAAGUAGCUCUUGGACUUGUUACUGUAAUGUUACAAAUAAUUUGGUGUUAUUUCUUGCUGUAAUAUGCUAAAUAUUAGCUCAUAACCGAAAGGAAAAGUAAAGAGUAGCUCAGCUGUUGUUGAUGUACGUAUCCUGAAAGGAUCUGGUGCCUAUAUAUAUGUUAAUUAAGUGAAUAAAAUAGACUGUUUUUGGUCAA